CGAAGGAGACACACACAAGCUCAAAAGACCGAGCAUGAUCGAGCACGGACGUUUGGGCGGUUAAGUCGGCCUCGCGAAGCUUCAACACCAUCAGUCUACUGUUCCUGUUGUGCCCAAUUCGCUAGGACAAGAAAACAAGCGCACCGUCGAUGAGCGUCUCUAUCGCGGUUGUGGGGGACCAAGCGCGAGGUCGCCGCCUCCUUUACCUCUUCUAUCACACCAAGAUACUGCUCAGCGCUUCUCCUCGUUCCUGCAUCAUCACCGAUCAACACCAACUUCGCUUACCACAAUGCCGCCUCUCACCUCCCUCAACAACAAAACCGCGUCGGCCGUGGUCAGCCCAUUAGACUUGCAAAGCGAGGACGCACCGCUGCGGACGCCAGCUGCGUGUCGUCCGACAGCGACAUUGAGGAGGCCGGACGUAUCAGCUCUCCUCUGGCCUCCCCGUCCACCACGCAGGCUCGCGGCCCAACUCUGGGCGCCUCGGUAUCUGCGGCUCGCGCCCGUCUUGCCGCCAUUCAGCCCGCCGCAUCCACCUCUCUGGCUCGUCUUCCGGCAUCACGCCCAGCAUCCAGCGCACCAUCGUCCCAUGCAUCUCGCACUCGUCUCACCGCCAGUCUAUCUGGUGGUAUGGCGGCGUCCUCAUCCACAAGUCGCGCCCGUCUACCCGCCAACCUCGCCAGCGGCUCUGCAUCCUCUGCCUCUUCAUCUCGCCUUCGAAUUCACAUCGACCUCACAAGCGGGUCUGGAUCUUCUUCUUCUUCUUCGCACGCCCGCCUCCACGCUACUGGGUUCGCAUCGUCCUCGUCCUCGUCCCGCGCCCGCUUCGACGCCACCGCCGCCUCGUACUCGUCCUCGUCCCGCGCCCACCUCGCCGCCAGCCUCCCAGCAGCAUCGUCCUCGUCCUCGUCUCGCGCACACUCCUCUGUGCCCGUCAACCGCGGAGGCGGCAGGAUCGAGCCGGGCUCCCAUGCGACGUCCGACGCCUGGGUCAAGCUGCUAGCAUACCCAUGGCCCGAGCUUGGUAGCGCGCAACCCUUGGCAGACAUCCCUCUGCUCGUCAUGCCCUUCGAGCCGCAGCUGCUGCUCUUUUACAUGUCGACUGCGGAGAACGUCAUCUGCCGUGACUGGGACGACUU